AUGGAUAUGGAAACAACCAUGGCAGAUUCCCUUCUAUUCGGUAAACCAAAAGCUCGAAUUUUUGCCUCUGGGGAAAGUCACAGGCUUAACCAUGACGAAAGACAAAGCUGCUCUCUUAGCUCGGCUCAAUCUUUGCCUUUAGCAGUGAAAGUAAUUACCGGACGGCUUCACGUCAACACCGCGGGCCAUUCACACCGUGGGCCCAGGUCCACCCGCCUCUUAGCCCAUCACAAACCGCAAUGGCACCUCCGGAGGGCUGAAACACCUUAUCAAAGCCCAAUUCACGCUCUGAAAAAACGGGUGCUGCUUGAUCUCGGUUGCCCCACGUCUAUACGCCAGCCUGUUCUACGGCUCCUUAACGAGCAGCCCCCGAAUAAGAUCCCGGGAAGCAAAACUAACCGUGGGAGCCUCCGGGAACUUCAGCGGCUGCCCGACCACAUUGAAAAGGGUCGCCCGAUUACCCAACCCCUUAAAAGGAGUCCACCCAAACAGCAGCUCGUAAAAAUGAAUCCCCAAAGUCCACCGGUCGACUGCACUUAUGUGGCCUUCUCCUUUGAUGAUCNGUUAAACUCUAGCAUAAUUCGU